GAUGAAAUGUACAGGUUGCGCAGUUACACCUGCAGACGUCAAUUGCAGAGACGGCUUGGGCAGGCGACAGCUGUCGAAAGCUGCUCCAAACUAGCAGUAGUUGGAAGCAACAGGAUCGCGCAGACCGGAGACCUGCAAAAGAAAUGCGUCUUAAUACGAGGAAAGCGAAAAGAUAUCCGAAGUUCGGGGUCGCCGCGCCCGGCGGCGCAGCCCCCUCACGAAUAUGGCGACAGGCCUCGCCGCUGGACGGCCUCGCGGGUGGUACCUCAGCGUGUUCGACGUGUUCGACGUGUUCGACGUGUUCGACGUGUUCGACGUGUUCGACGUGUUCGACGUGUACGACGUGUACGACGUGUACGACGUGUACGACCCGAAUAA